AUGAUCUUUAUAUUAGCAAGGAGAUGUGUUAAAGCUAUUACAGGAGGUAAAAGUAAAUAUAUAAAUUCUAGAAUAAGUAGAUUAUUAGAACUUUGCUGCAUUGAUAGGAAAAUAAUUUGGUAUAUUAACUAAAUUAGAGGAAGAGAGAUUUAUUCUAUUUAAAUUUUCUGAUUCUUUAUAAGAAUUAACAUAGUUACUUGGAUUGAAUGGUAUAAAUUAAAAUAUUAUAGAGUAAAAUCAUGAUAUCAUAAAAAAUAAUUAAUAAAAAUAUAAAAUUUAAAUACAGUAAUAAUCAAAAAGAAUAGAACCAAUUAAGAAAAAUUUUAAUCCUAUAAAGAAUAUAUCUAAAUCCAUUGAUGUCAAAUAAGUUGAGAUUCCAAAAUUAUAAAGUGAUUUAAGAGAAAUGAACAAGGAUAAUUCUAAUAUCAAAGAAAUAAAAGAAGUCAAUUAAAAUAUUAUUAGAAAUUCCUUUUUUAUUUAGAGAAAAUCAAUAUCGACAGAAAAUGGAUAUUAUAAGACAUUGGAAUAAAAAGAGAAAGAAUUCUUAGAUAGAUUUAAAUAUGGAUAAAAUGAUCACUGA